GAAGGCGGAAGCGCGAGCGGCAGCGGCGCUGGGAGCGGGCCCGGGCCCGGGAGCGGCGCCCGGAGCGGGGAUGGCCGGCACCGGCUGGGCCCCUCCGCGCCUCGACGGCUUCAUCCUCACCGAGCGCCUCGGCGCCGGGACCUACGCCACCGUCUAUAAGGCCUACAGGAAGAAGGACACACGUGAGGUGGUGGCCAUCAAGUGCGUGAGCAAGAGGAGCCUCAACCGCGCGUCAGUGGAGAACCUGCUGACGGAGAUUGAGAUCCUGAAGACCAUUCGGCACCCACACAUUGUGGAGCUCAAGGAUUUCCAGUGGGACAGCGACCACAUCUACCUGAUCAUGGAGUUCUGUGCUGGGGGGGACCUGUCCCGCUUCAUCCGCACGCGCAGGAUCCUCCCCGAGAGGGUGGCACGCAUCUUCCUGCAGCAGCUUGCCUGUGCCCUCAAGUUCCUCCACGACCGCAACAUCUCCCACCUGGACCUCAAGCCGCAGAACAUCCUCCUGAGCGCCCCGGAGAACCCCCAGCUGAAGCUGGCAGAUUUCGGCUUUGCUCAGCACAUGUCUCCGUGGGACGAGCAGCACGUCCUGCGGGGCUCCCCGCUCUACAUGGCCCCCGAGAUGGUCUGCCGCCAGCAGUACGACGCCCGCGUGGACCUGUGGUCGGUGGGAGUCAUCCUUUACGAAGCACUGUUUGGGAAGCCCCCUUUUGCCUCCCGCUCCUUCACUGAGCUGGAGGAGAAGAUCCGCAGUGACCGGGCCGUGGAGCUGCCCAGCCGGCCCCUGCUGUCCACGGAGUGCCGAGACCUCUUAGGACAGCUCCUGGAGAGGGACCCUUUGAAACGCAUCUCCUUUGAGGGCUUCUUUGCCCACCCUUUUGUGGAUAUGGAGCAUGUCCCUGGCCCUGAGAGCCUCAGCAAGGCAACCAACCUGGUGGUGGAGGCAGUGAAGAAGGAUCAGGAGGGGGAUGCUUCAGCUGCCCUCUCUCUCUACUGUAAAGCCCUGGAGUAUUUUGUGCCAGCUCUGCACUAUGAAAGUGACGCUCGCCGCAAAGAAGCCAUCCGGGUCAAGGUGGGGCAAUACAUCUCCCGAGCAGAGGAACUGAAGGCGCUGGUCACUUCCAGCAGCAAGAACCUCCUGCAGCAAGGGAACCCAGCCAGAGUGCUCCUGAGAGAGAUGGCCAAGGACAAACCUCGACUCUGUGCUGCACUGGAAAUGGCUUCUGCUGCCAUUGCUAAGGAAGAGGACGGCAAAGACGAUGGUGACACCCUGGAGCUCUACCAGCAGAGCCUGGGGGAGCUGCUACUACUCCUGGCCGCGGAGCCUGUGGGGAGGCGACGUGAGCUGCUCCACGCCGAGAUCCAGACCUUGAUGGCCCGAGCCGAGUACCUGAAAGAUCAGAUCAAGAUGCGGGAGGCACAGUCCAUGGGCAAGGAGGCGCUGGCAGAGCCUGUCCGGAGCACCUGUACCUUGCAGUGAUGCCCAGGAGCCAGCCAGUGGGAUGCUGCUUGCCGUCAUGCAGACAGAUGCCAUCGGCAGGCUGGAGGAAGGAUGAGGCUUUCAUCC